AUGGAGGCCGGUGUCUGUCUGUCUGUCCGUCCCUCCCUCCCUGCGGGGCGACCAACACCAGCUGCCCGCCGGGUGGGUGACAGCGACACCCGUCUCCGCGGGGAGCGGCGGCGGCGGGGCCCAGGCCGCCCUCAGCGCGGAGGAGGCCGCUUCCCGUUACCGGGCGGCCAUGAACCCGGACUUGUGCAGCUGGUGAAUUACUACAGGGGAGCAGACAAGCUGUGCCGCAAAGCGUCUCUGGUGAAGCUAAUCAAGACAAGCCCUGAACUAUCGGAGUCCUGCACGUGGUUCCCGGAGUCGUAUGUGAUUUACCCAACAAACCUGAAGACCCCCGUGGCUCCAGCACAGAACGGAAUUCGCCAUCUCAUAAACAACACGAGGACAGACGAGCGGGAAGUCUUCUUGGCAGCUUACAACAGGCGGCGGGAAGGCAAAGAAGGCAACGUGUGGAUCGCCAAGUCCUCUGCUGGUGCCAAAGGGGAAGGGAUCCUGAUUUCUUCAGAGGCUGCAGAACUCCUGGACUUCAUCGAUGAGCAGGGACAAGUGCACGUGAUUCAGAAAUACCUGGAGAAGCCUCUGCUUUUAGAGCCAGGGCAUCGCAAGUUUGACAUCAGGAGCUGGGUUCUCGUGGAUCAUCAAUAUAAUAUCUACCUCUACAGAGAGGGUGUCCUGCGGACCUCUUCCGAACCGUACAACAGUGCUAAUUUCCAGGACAAAACCUGCCACUUGACCAAUCACUGCAUUCAGAAGGAAUAUUCCAAAAACUACGGGCGGUACGAGGAAGGGAAUGAAAUGUUCUUUGAGGAGUUCAACCAGUAUCUGAUGGAUGCCCUGAACACAACGCUGGAGAAUAGCAUCUUACUGCAAAUCAAACACAUAAUAAGAAGCUGCCUUAUGUGUAUAGAGCCUGCAAUCAGCACAAAGCAUCUUCACUACCAGAGCUUCCAGCUCUUUGGGUUUGACUUCAUGGUGGAUGAGGAGCUGAAGGUCUGGCUGAUAGAAGUCAAUGGGGCCCCGGCGUGUGCCCAGAAGCUGUAUGCAGAGCUCUGCCAAGGAAUCGUGGAUGUAGCCAUCUCUAGCGUUUUCCCCCUCAACGACACCGGGCAGAAGACGAGCCAGCCCCCAUCCAUCUUUAUCAAGCUGUGAUGACAACAGGAGCGCCUCUGCCGCGCGCAGGGGGAGAGAACUGCACCCAUUGGGUCAGCACAGUUCGGUGGCUUAUCUCAGUAUCAUGCCAAAAACCAACCAAACAACAACAAAAAAAAAAAGCGAUAGAGACAGGCUUCUUAUUUUCUGGAAAACGGGGGGGAAAAAAACCAACAAUACAGGCAUCCACGUAGAGCUGCAGUGGGCCAGAGCUGCUCGGACAACUCUGCCUGCAUUCACCAAAAUCCACUUUAGAAACAGCUCGUGUGACUUUUGAAACAAAUCUCUCUGGGAGAACAACAAAAUAACCUUAAAAUGAAACCGCAACAGGGAUACUAUAAUACUGUAUUAGCUUCUCCUUUUCUAUAGAGGUAACAUUGGGUUUUUUAAGGGAAUUGAGUGAAGAGUACGAUGAUCUUCCAGGACAUCGUGGCUGGAAAGUUGUCCUCCUCCCGCUGUGUUUCUUCUUUCCUCACCUACUGCAUCAUUAGUGCCUUAGCUCAGCUCCAAAUAGGUGACUCCUUUCCUUUGUUCCUGUUCUUGUUACAUAGGAAGGAGCAAGCUGUCUCGCAUCGCAGGAUGCCAAAAACCAGGAACACCACGAAUUCAGUUUCCUUAGGUCAUUUUCCAAGCUGGUUGGCUGAACACACAGGGAAACGGCUGGCGAAAGGGUGCUGAACUGCAGGCGGUGACUUAACCCAAGCAAGGAAAGCAAUUUUGUUUAUUUAUAGCUAUCCCUUUUUCCUAAUGAGAUUUGAAUCAAUAUCCAUCCCAGUCUGAUGCAGUUGGAUUUUGUUUAAAAGAGGUAGAGAGGCCCCGUCGGGGCUCACGGGAAGGCUGUAGGAUUUUCUAGCAUCGCUUCUGUGCUGAGAGUGUUUCAAAGAGCAGAAACCCAAUCUCCUCAGGUUCUUCUGAGACACUGCAGUGAAUUUAGCCUCCUCCCUCAGCUCUCGCCUUCAUGCAUCUGAGGCUUGAAUCUGAAACCUUUCAGCCCAAAUGAUUUUUGUCCUGUUUGAUCCAGCCAAUUUUCUUCUCCUCCAUUUGACAAAUAUUGCAAUUUUCUGCCCUGAACACAGCCCACAGCUUGGUCUCAGCUUAGGGGGGAAGGUGGGUAAGGUUUUGUAGACCAGGAGAAAUCCCUGUGUAUGGGUUUGCCACAUAGAUGGAAAGGGAGGUGUUUUUUGUUGGGGAGGAGAGGUUAAAUUCCUUGAGGUCCCCAAAUUGCAGAGUUAACAUCUACUUUUGAGUAGAACCUAAAUCCCUGGUAUAUUGUCCACCCUUGUGAAGUGUAUCUGAAUUUUCAGCGUGAACCCAGCACAUCCCUCCUAAGCCAGAGCUCUUUGCAGAGCACGGUGGCACUUGUAACAGCAGUGUGGGGUUUGUUGGGGGGUGUUCAGGGCUGUGUUCAGCUGCCUCUGGGAGGGAGAGAUGGUUGGGACCAAAACAAACCAGUUGCUGUUACCCAAAACAAACAAACAAGAGGAGAUUAUGUCUGGCUGCCUGGGUGUCAAUGGGAAGCGAAGCAAGGAGUGGGAUUUCUGCCUCCCUCAGAAGAUCCUAGUGCUUUGGCAUACUCCUCUCUGGUCCUGAUGGAGAUUUUGGAGGUCUUUAUGCCAGCAGGUGAUCCUGGCACCUUUCUGAAGCGCCCAGGCCUCCUCGGAGUGGUGCGUUUUGAUCGUGCUGUCACGGGAUGGACGUUUGUCACAACACGCUGUGAAUCUGCCAGUGCCACCGUUUGACACAGAUGCUCACGUCCAGGAGGGAAAUUUAGGAAAACUCAGCAGGAGGGAACAGAGCACUGGGCAAAACACAGUGGAAGCACCGCAGGAGAGGACACGUCCCAAGGAGCCGCACAGGCACCCCUGAAGUUGUCAACACCCUGAAGCGUGGCGUGGAUCUCCAUCUGCAGGGGGUGAGGUGGACACAGGGUGCACUGGUGGACGCCAAGAAGUGACAAGGAGCAGGAGCUGUGCAAGACCAGGCUGUGGCUUUGUUCCCCUGCGCCGCCAGGGCUGGUGGGUGGCUUUGCUUCCAGCGAGACAUCACCCCCACGUGACACACGCACCCCCCAAGUGCCAGGUCUGGUCUCUGGUGGUGGACCUCGUGGGCGUUCAGAAGAGGGCCGUGAAUGCAUCAGUGCUUGGGAUUGGGAAGUGCUGGGUGAUAAACUGGGAGAGGGACUUGGGGGAAGGACCGGUUGGGGUUUUUUUUAACCAUAUGACAGCACCAAGGUGUCAGAAUUUCACUGCAGGGCAGGGAAAACGUAGGCUGUAACGGUUGUUACUCAAUAAGUUCACCACAUCUCCAUUUUCAGGUGUUGGCUCGUGCAAGCUUAAAAAUACACCUUUUUGCCCAGCAAAGGGAACAUCGAAUAGCAGUCGCCCUGGCCCAGGAUGUGACAGAGGAGACGUUGGGCUCUCGCAAGCUCUAGGGCGGACGAGAGCAGAGCAUGAAGCCAGAAGAGAAAAUUUUUUCCCUGUCCUAAUGAAGUGAGAAAUGUUCAGGUUCUGGGGUGCUAGACCCAUCCCUCUUUUCCCCUCAAAAGGGAAAUUAUGAAAAAAAAAAAACGAAUCGCUCCCUUUACUGCGCAGUAAGGCGAGAUUCCUGCUAAACUCCAAGGCAUUUUCUUCCCCCUUUUUCACCCCGGAUUGUUGGGGGUUUUUUUUUGCUGAAAGUGGGGCUUCAGCUUGAUGGUGGAGCCGUGACCAGAGGUGACACAGCUAUUUAUACCCUGCCUUUUCAGCUGAGCUCGGGGGGAGAGAGUGAUUGAGGGAUGCUUUGAAUCAUGGGCUUGUUUGCUGAAUUUUUUUCAGAAAUGAGCAACAGCCUCUGGAGGAAAAUGGCAGGUACCGUGCGUGUUUACUGCCUGCUCUCAAAAGUGCUCCCCGAGGUAAAGCACAGGAGGUCAAGGAUAAAGGAUGGAGAGCACAGUGCCUAAGGUCUUGCCCAAAAUAUUAGCUACGAGGUGGAGUAGAGGCCUGAGCAUUGCAGCCGUAGGUGCACCUCCCAAGCCCUCGUUGUGAGACUUUUGUUUGUUUUGUUUUGUUGUUUUUUUUUAGGAACAUACAACAAUAAAUGUUUUCUAGCUUAUUUCAGCUGAAAGGUCAAUAGAAAAGGUCUCGCUCUCAUUCCUGAGCUUUCACAAAGGAUGGUGCUGGGUUUCCAGAAGAUCCCUACCAUAUUGCAGAAUGUCUCUAGUCUUAGUUGUAUCCCUUCGUGUUGGCCAUGAAGGGUUUCAAGGCCCAGGUGCUCUGGCUGUGUUUUCCAGCAGGGUCUGGUCCCGCUGGACUCUGGGUUUCAGGUAACUCCAUGUGGCUUGUCUCAUACCAGGUUAGUUGUGAUUACCAUGCAACAGCUAUCGUGCUCCUGCCAAAAUCUGGUGGCCGGCCACAGCCCUUGGAAAACGCUGGAGAAGUCUUAAGAAAGUGCUCAAAAGCUGCUUCGUCCAGGCUUUCCAGCCCUGCUGUGACCAGCGCCCUUCAGGACUUGCUUGCAUGUCCCUGCUCCCAGCAUUUCUUGUUCUCCACGUGCAGCUCCUUCUCCAGGAGAGCACUGCUGUGCCGUACGUAGGUUCAUCAUCGUGUCGUAAUCAUUGCCAAGGUCCGUGAUGGCAGCCUUCAGAAAGCCUUGGUGUUGAGAGGACGGCAGGGGGGGUGUACAGUGCUGCCAAGCUGGCAGCCCCCCUGGGCUCCAGUUCGUGUCCCCAGCUGCUCUCACGUCAGCAUGUGCGUGUGGGGCCAGCGGGUGCCUGAGCUGGUGGGUCUCCAACUGCUCUAUCCACACUUGCUCCUCAACCUUCAUUAAAACAUGAAAAACCCCACAA